UGCCUGCACUACCUCCAUCCGCUGGAACUGGAAGGAGGGCGGCCAAACACCGGCGCACACACCCAUGCAUGGCCACCACCAAUCCCAAGUUCCAUGGAAGAGGCUGCACGCUGUCCCCAGCAUCUGACACUUCUCCCCAGACCACGCCCACUGGCACACUGCAAAACCCUCGAAGCCAGGCACAUUAAAUUAGGGUCAUCACGCGUGCAGACUAUUGACUUUAAGGAAUUCUGGGGGUGCUAUUGUGGCUUGUUUGCGGGGCUUAAUCGGCCUCUUCUUCUAGGGAUUUACCAUUUUGUAUGGUGCUGUUCGAAUUUUAUACCAGGAUAUGUUAAUGGUGUUUUGGGUUUAUUCCAAGGACUCCCGUAUUUUGUUCCAAGUUUGUUAUCCAUCUUUCCCUAGGCAGAUUACAGUUGGUGGUUGAAAUCUUGAGGUUGGCAUUUUUUCAGGUGGAAAUCAACGGCUUACCAAACAGGACUGGUCGGAAAUGAAAUCCAUUUUUUCUGUGGUCGAUGAAUUAGUAAAGGAAAGUGUCUAUGAAGGCUAUGAUCAUCGUCAUCAUGAAUUUGUACUCUCUGAUAGGGCAGGGGCUAUUGUUCCAUGGUGUACAAUACCAGCGCUGGAAGCAAAGGUGGCAGAGUGGAGCAAGGAACACCCACUGAUAUGGAACUCCGGAAUUGGAGCAUCAGCUUCGUUCGUGCGAACCCUGAGUAUGCUCUUAUUUGAGCGCAGCGAGGACUUAUAUGGGCCCUACGACCACAUUAUACGUGUGAGCCUUGCACCCUACGCAGCAGUAGGCAGCAGUGCUGCCCAGCAUUGGCUGGCGUUUGAGGUCUUCAUGGAAAUGGCUAAAGCCGGCAAGAUACCACGACUGCCUCAGAAGGAGCUUGAGGAGUUGAAGAAACAGGCCGCAGAAGAGAGCUACUUCGGAUACGGCACCAUCUGCGAGAACUUGAUGCUCAAGGUUUUUGGAUUGGACUAUGUUAUCUUAACUUUAGGAUCAGAUUAUUCGUCCGUAGAGACGGACCCUAGCUAUUACCAUCAACCUUUUGAAUCUCCCAUAGUAAAAGGGAUGAGAAAAGCGUUUCAAUCGGGGAGGCAUCUGCUGCUGGUGGAAAACGUGCAUGUUCCUCUCUCAUUGGACGUGUUGGUGUUCACAACAGAUAAACAUCCUUCACCCUUCCAGAGCCGGUGGCUCAUCUCAACCACUUCCAAGGAUGUCUGCGACAAAAGCAGAGAGACUCCAGGUACUUACCGCUGGGAACUUCAUUCAGGCAAGGAAUACAACUACGCCCCACGCUUCGAUGAUGAUCUCAGUGAAAAUGACUGGGCUAUGUUAAUUAAAGAGGCCUUACUGGACGCAGCUGCCUCCAUCCACAUCGCACUCCAGCAGCAACAGCAGGAUAUGUUGUUUUGGCUUUACAUUGCUCACCAAUGCUUGCGUUAUAGCAUCCUCUACCAUCCACUGCGAGGAGACACUGAUUGUUCUGUCACCUCCGACGAGCAUGUUCGCUGUUGGGUGGUUGAGGACCUGCUUUUCUCAGAAGCCAAUGGCAAGAAACACAGCAUCUCAUACAGACCUGCAUUUGAAGUUGGGAAGGUCGUAAUUCAAGCCUUGCAGAAAUAUUCAUUACUGCCAACAAGCAGCACAUCCCCUCUGGAUGCCGUUACUGGUGUGUCCAAGUUAGCAGAGGGUGUUCCUCGACUCAAUCAAGAUGAACUCUCUCAUCAUGACAAGAGAGAACGGCUGAGCUGGGUCUCAUUUUUUAAUAAUGAUGGCAGGCAUUUAAGCUGGGGUUUGGGCAGGGAUGAGGGGGCAAAAUUGAUCCCAGGAGAAAUGGUCAUGAGCACGCUCAUUCUAAGAGGUUGCUCAAAUGCAUCAGCAUUUCCUUUUGAUACAGUGUCGAACCAUUCCCUCCGUGUACUUGAUCUAUCAUAUACACAAAUAAAUUCACUUCCCUCAUGGCUUUCUAAUCUUCUGAAUCUCCACUUGCUCUCGCUCAGAGGUUGCUCUCAGCUUGAGACCUUAUCGCCACCGGCACUUGUUUCUGAGGAAGAAAGGAGCCCACUCGCUAACCUAGGAAAUCUUCAAGUCCUUGAUAUGAAUGGAGUUCCCUUGUUGGAGCUAACCCAGCAAGAUGGAAGCAACAAGAGCAAUCUGCACUUCCUUGAUCUGUCAGGUUCAAAAGUCAUCACUCUGCCAUCUGGGUUCUUCUGUGACAUGUCAAGUCUUGAGGAACUCAUUCUUAACAAUUGCUCCAAUCUGAAAAAACUUCCUCCUUCCCUGGCUGACUUGUCUAAUCUAUUGAUCCUUCAUGUUGAGGGGACUCAAAUUACCUCUUUUCCUGAAGAUACAUUUCAAGCGAUGCAACGACUGCAUACGCUCAAGCUCAUAAAAAACAUGCUACUGAAAUCUCUCCCAAGUUCACUGUCUAGAGCCAAAGGCCUCAGAGAGCUACAUAUUCAUAAUUGCAUUACAUUAAAAACUGACACUCUCUGGGAUCUAGUAUCAUGCCUUGAAGGUCUUUACAUACGAGCAUGGGAGGCCCUGGAAGAUCUCAAAAUCCAUGGGCAUCAUAAUCUAAGAACCUUCUCACUCUCCGGACCAUGGAUUAGGUGCCUGUCAUUGCGUGGGUGCAGCAGGCUGGAGAUUGUGAACUUCCGUGACGAUCUUACGGCCUUGGAGGAUGUUGAUCUUUCAGGAACAGCUAUUGAGGACAUCCCUCAGAAUCUCCCAAAUCUACCACAACUCAGGAGGUUACUUCUUCUCAAUGUCCCCAGUUUCAAGAGAUUUCCUUGGCAUCAAUUGAUCCGUUUUCCCAAGGUUUUCUAUUUGGAUAACUGUGAAUAUUAUGGCAACCAGUCUCCAAAGAUUCUUUGCGAGCAGAAAAUUUGUGAAGAAGGAAGUCAAGAUAGAGAGAAGACUACCAAUACUGCUCAGAUCAACACAAAUGACCCCAGGAUGUUUCAUAGCUUCAGCGCAUUUGCUGCUAACAAGUUAGUCAAGGAAGGACAGUUUCUUCAGUGUUUCAAUGUCCAAGUUAAAGGAUGCAGUGUGAGAGGCAUGGAACCAAAGAACAAAGAAGGUGAGAUAUGUAGCAAGAUCCAGAGGCAAUUGCCUUAUCAAGAUGUAGCGCAUUCUUCUGAGGUAGCUAGCAUUGCUCCCAUGGUGAGACUUCAACCUAAACAACGUCAUCUGGAGAUAUCUUCAAAUGAUCGGUACCCAGAUGGAUUAAGGCAUAUUUUAUCUGUCACAGAAUCAUUAUUCAUUACGGAUGAUGCUUCUAUCAAAUGCCUUAACGAAUCUAAUUGUACUAUGACGUGUCUAGAAGAAUGCCAGCUCGUUCAAUGCCAUGAAAUGAAAGUAGUAUUCAAAAUGCAUUCAAGAGUCACAGGGGCAAUAAGAAGAGAAUAUCUUGAGAUACGAAUCCCAGAGGUGUUACCCGCCCUAAAGAUAUUUCAGGCAUCCAACCUUCAGAACCUAUUAAGCUUCGUUGAGCCUGGAGAUCUGUCGUAUUCUGCACUGAUUACUCUGAAGCUACUAAACCACAUUCACCUCGAGCACUGCCCUCGACUAGAGAAACUUUUCCCAUGCAGUUUGUCAUUACCUUCCCUGGAGACUCUGGUCAUUCUAUUCUGCUACAACCUGAAGACAAUUUUCUACAACCAAUCUGACUAUGAUGUAGCAGCUUCUCCACUCCCAAACAUCGAAAGGAUCUACCUCCAGGAACUGCCACAGCUGCAGCACUUCCAUGAUGAUGUCAUGUUUCGUUUUGAAACACUAAAGUGGGAGAAGCUCUUUGUCAGAGGCUGUCAAUCCUUUCACCGUCUCCCACUCCUGAAGAGUGAAUAUCCGGAGUCAAGGGUGGAGGUCAGCGGAGAGCGUGACUGGUGGGGCAGGCUGCAGUGGAGCCUUCCAGAGCAGAGCCACUACUACUUGCAUGUGCCGCCACCGGAGUUUGCAUCGCGCAAGAAACAUAUCAUCAGAAGCUACCUCAGGUGAGCUUCGUUCAUUUCAUAUCCACAGCUCAGGGCCAUGGUCGCAACUAAGGUGCCCUCUCCACUCUAUUUAUCUGUGUGAGUUUUAAUGCCCAGGAUGCACGAGUUGUAUCCCGCAUUUUGUUCCAGUAUGUUCUGUUUCUUCUAAUAGCAUUUGUCAAGGGACAUGUCAUCUUUGUGCUGGUUUGCUAGGGUCUGUUUGGUUUGCUUUGUGUGUAAAAUAAUUGGCGAUUCAGGUUGCCAUGAAACCAAGCUUUAUGUGUAUGAUUGGUGUGCUGAGAACGAAUUUCAAACUAUCCGUAUUUUGCAACGGUUAAUGUACACUGUUAUAUUC